CCGGACACCUGGGCCCGCGGCCGGUGUCGCCGGGCGCUGGGGAGCCGGCGGCCAACCAGACAAUUAAAGGGGCCGGGAGCGCGGCGGAGCCGCUUUGUCCCCUCCUCCCGGCGGCGGCGGCGGCGGCGGCGGCUCGGGCGGCAGCGGCCCCGCGCCCGCAGCCCCGGCGGCCCCAUGCGGCGGCCCCCGCCGCGGCCCGCAGCCCCCGCAGCCCCCGCAGCCCCCGCAGCCCCCGCAGCCCCGCACCAUGCCCGAGCCGCCGGCGGCAGCGCAGGACGGCGAGCGGCCCCGGCGGGCCCCGGGCGGCGAGGAGCGCGCGGAGCCGGCGGCCCCGGCCGGCGUCCUGGAUAAGCUCUUCGGGAAGCGGCUGCUCCAGGCCGGGCGCUACAUCAUGUCCCACAAAGCCUGGAUGAAGACGGUGCCCACGGAGAACUGCGACGUGCUCAUGACCUUCCCGGACACCACCGACGACCACACGCUGCUCUGGCUCCUCAACCACAUCCGCCUGGGCAUCCCCGAGCUCAUCGUGCAGGUGCGGCACCACAAGCUCACCCGCGUGUACGCCUUCUUCGUCACCGCCACCUACGAGAGCCUGCUGCGCGGCGCCGACGAGAUCGGGCUGCGGAAGCCGGUGAAGGCCGAGUUCGGCGGCGGCAUGCGCAGCUUCUCCUGCGAGGAGGACUACAUCUACGAGAACAUCGAGAACGAGCUUUACUUCUUCACCUCUCAGGAACGGCAGAACAUCAUCAGGUACUGGCUGGAGAACCUGCGGGCGAAGCAGGGCGAGUCGCUGCACAACAUCCACUUCUUGGAGGGGCAGCCCAUCAUCCCGGAGCUGGCCGCCCGCGGCGUCAUCCAGCAGGUCUUCCCGCUGCACGAGCAGAGGAUCCUCAAGCGGCUCAUGAAGUCCUGGGUGCAGGCGGUGUGCGAGGCCCAGCCGCUCGAUGAGAUCUGCGACUACUUUGGGGUGAAGAUCGCCAUGUACUUCGCCUGGCUGGGCUUCUACACCUCGGCCAUGGUGUACCCCGCCGUCUUCGGCUCCAUCCUCUACACCUUCACUGAGAGCGACCAGACCAGCCAGGACAUCUGCUGCGUGGUCUUCGCCAUCUUCAACGUCAUCUGGGCCACGCUCUUCCUCGAGGAGUGGAAGCGCCGCGGCGCCGAGUUCGCGUACAAGUGGGGGACGCUGGACACCCCGGCCGAGUCCAUCGAGGAGCCCCGGCCCCAGUUCAGGGGCGUUAAGCGGAUCAGCCCUGUGACCAGCGCCGAGGAGUUUUACUACCCGCCGUGGAAGCGGCUGCUCUUCCAGUGCCUGGUCAGCCUGCCCGUCUGCCUCUUCUGCCUCUCCUUCGUCUUCCUCGUCAUGCUGGGCUGCUUCCAGCUCCAGGAGCUUGUGCUGAGCGUCAAGGAGCUGCCCCGGAUCAUCCGCUUCCUGCCCAAGAUCGUGCUGGCCGUCAUCGUCACGGCCUGCGACGAGCUCUACAAGAAGAUCGCGUACUGGCUGAACGACAUGGAGAACUACCGCCUGCAGAGCGCCUACGAGAAGCACCUCAUCAUCAAGAUAGUGCUGUUCCAGCUCGUCAAUUCGUACCUGAGUCUCUUCUACAUCGGUUUCUACCUCAAAGACAUGGAGCGGCUGAAGGAGAUGCUGGCCACGCUGCUCCUCACGCGGCAGUUCCUGCAGAACGUCAGGGAGGUGUCGCAGCCCCACCUGUACCGGCGGCUGCGCCGCGGCGAGCUCAGCCUGCGCCGCCUCCGCGAGCUGGCCCGCACCGCCCUCCGGCUGCUGGCCCCCCGCCGCCCCCCGCCGCCCCGCCGCGGCCCCCCGCCGCCCGGCCCCGCGCCGCCCGCCGCCCCGGAGAAGAAGUGUCUGAACGGGGGCUGCGGGGUGCCCGAGGAGGAGGAGGAGGAGGAGGAGGAAGGGCGCCGCGAGUCCGACUCGGAGGACGAGAGCGCCCUGGACUGCGGGCUCAAGCUGAAGAAGGUGAGCUUCAUCGAGAAGGCGGAGCGGCGCGGCGGCGGCGGCGGCGGCGAGCCCGGCGGCGCCGAGGACGACAGCUUCCUCGAGGAGGGCAGCCCCACCAUGGUGGAGAAGGGCAUGGACCCCGCCUCCGUCUUCGAGCUCUGCGAGGACGAGGAGGAGGCCGAAGGUCCCCCCGGCAGCCCCGCCAGGGCGCCGGAGCCGGCCGCCCCGCUGCGCUCAGGCCGGAGGAGGAGGGCGGCCGAGAGCCGGGAGGAGGAGGAGGGCGAGGAGGAAGGCAGGAGGCAGAACCGGGCCUCCUGGAUCGACCCGCCGGAGGAGGACUACUCCACGCAGCUGACGCAGGCCGAGGUGGAGAGCUGCAUGAAGAAGUACGAGGACACCUUCCAGGACUACCAGGAGAUGUUCAUCCAGUUCGGCUACGUGGUGCUCUUCUCCUCCGCCUUCCCCCUGGCCGCCAUGUGCGCCCUGGUGAACAACGUCAUCGAGAUCCGCAGCGACGCCUUCAAGCUGUGCACGGGGCUCCAGCGCCCCUUCGGCCAGCGGGUCGAGAGCAUCGGGCAGUGGCAGAAGGUGAUGGAGGCCAUGGGCGUCCUGGCCAUCGUGGUGAACUGCUACCUGAUCGCCCAGUGCGGCCAGCUGCAGCGCCUCUUCCCCUGGCUCAGCCCCGAGGGAGCCAUCAUCUCCGUGGUGGUGCUGGAGCACUUCGCCCUCUUCCUGAAGUACGUCAUCCAAGUGGCCAUCCCCGACAUCCCCGCCUGGGUGGCCGAGGAGAUGGCCAAGCUGGAGUACCAGCGCCGCGAGGCCUUCAAGAAGCACGAGCGCCAGGCGCAGCACCACUUCCAGCAGCAGCAGCGGCGCAAGCGGGAGGAGGAGGAGCGGCAGCGGCACGCCGAGUACCAGGCCCGCAAGGAGCGCGAGUCCGGCCGCGACGAGGCCAAGGCCGAGGCCGCCGGGCAGGACCCGGCCCACGACAAGAGCCAGAGCAAGGGCAAGGGCGCCGGGGCCGCCUCGCACGCCUCCGACAAGCCCAAGAGACCCAGCUCCCUCCUGGCCACCAACAAUGUCAUGAAGCUCAAGCAGAUCAUCCCUUUGCAGGGCAAGUUCCUCUCCGGGGGGGCCGGGGCCGCCGGCACGGCCGCGGCCAGGUCCCCCCAGUCGCCCACCGGCAGCGAUAACAAGCUCCCCGGCUUCCUCAGCUUCAAGUUCCUCAAAUCGCCGGAGACUAAGAGGGACGCGGGGACCGAGAAGGUCCAGUCGCCCACCAAGCCGUUCAACCCCGGCAAGCUCUUCAACUUCGGCAAGUCCGAAGGGGCCGGGGGCAACGGUGCCGCCGCGGCCACCGCCUCGCCCCAGCCCCGGCCCGGGCCCUCCUCGGACGCGGGCGAGAAAGCGGCGCCCGGCAGGUCCCAGCUCAACGGGGCGCCGGACGAGGGGGGCCGCGAGGAGCCGGAGCUCCGGGCGGAGGAGGAGAGCGGAGGCUACAAACUCUGACCAGGGGCUUCGGGGCGACCGCGGCCCCCCGGCCCGUUCUCCGAGCAGCCGAGGACCUCGUCGCCCUCUCGGCUCCCUUCGCCGUCCCCCCGCCGCAGGGAGCGCGGAGCUGGGCCGUGCUGGGGCAGGCUGCGCCCCGCCGGAGCGCCCAGCACCCACGGGUGCACCAUCCCCCUCCGCUGCGUCCCCGCGCAUCCCUCCGGCUCAGGGGCACCUGCUGCCGCCCCGGCCCCAGCUCCGGCGGGGGCCUGGCCUCAUCUUGCAUCGCGGACGCGUGAGCGAACCGCCGCCGAUCUGAGCAGCAGGGUCUGCCCGCAUCCUCGGCCGGAGCAUCCCAGGGUGCUGCCUCCGGACGCCCGCAGCAGUGGAGAUGGCACCGUCCCGCCGGCCGCCCGUCCCUGCACCCGCUGCCGUUGGGAAGAGCCGGGGCACCGCCGCCAUCCAGCUUGCAGGCGCCCAAGGAGCCGCGCGGGAGCUCAGCGCCGCGAGAGCCACCGGUCCCGCCGGCCUGGCGCCGGCGGAGGGAGCGGGGCUCAGCCCGGGGCGGCGGGAGCAGCAGCCAGGAGCCCGAGCCACCCGUGCCGACGGCCUCUUCGCCAUACAGCCAUCGUCCCGCGGUGCCCCGGGACCCGGCCCGCGCCCUGCUUCGCCCCGCCGCGGCUCACGGCCGGUCCUGCUGCCCGGGGCUUGGACUCUCCCUCUUCUCCCAGCGCCGGGGCAUCCUGCUGCCCCAGGAGCGGGCUGCCGGGAGGGAGGGGGGCGAGCGUGAGCCGCCUGCAUUUCCAUGCAUGGGCAACAUUUCUUGCACUAAAAACAAAACAAAACCCAAUGCAAGCGACUCUUUGCCAUUCUUCGUGUGACGGCACGCGCAGGACGCCGGGCAGUGCGGGCUCGGAGCAGCACCACGAGCCGGGACGGUGCCCUGCUGCUUGCUUUCUUCACGGAGCUGCCUUGCAAUGAGGCACGAGCGCAGGGACGUCGUGCCGGAGCCCGGGAGAAGGACUGGGCUGGGGUGCAUGGGCUCGCUGCGAGGGCAGGGCCGGGAGCAGCUCCGCUUCCGCCACAGCUGAGGUUUCGCUGGUGCCGGUUGUCACCUUCAUGCUCGAACAGCCGGCGGCUGCUCCUUGGCUUUUCGGCAGCUUCGCUUGGCACCGCUUCGCUUUAGGCUCCCGGGGCGGAGGCAGCCGUGGGAGCCUGCGUGGGUCAGGGCAGCCCGAGCCCCCGCGCUGCCUCCCACAGCCACGAGUCACAUCCAAAGCGACCCAGGGGAGCCUGGGGCAGGCGCCAGGUCCACGUUCCCCGGCCUCUCCCCAGGGCCCACUCCAUAGGAAACGUCAGGUUUUUCCCCCCCGUCUCUCUCCAAACGUCGUGCUCUUCUUGUCCUCGAACCAAGCCAUUUUGUACAGCAAUAAGCCAGGCCAGGCGAGCGCGGGGGCCAUCCCCGUGGCUUCACCCACCUGCGCGGGGGACGAGGAGCAUCAGCGUCUCCCGCUGCGUCGAUGCAUCCAGAGCUGAGCUAGCGAAAGGCACGCCGAGCCGAGGCUGUGGGAGAGCACUUUCUGGGGCAAGGCCAGGGAAAGGGGAGCGCCGGGCUCCGCCGUGCUGGGAAACCAGGGCAGAGAGGCCCUAAAAAACCCAGCGAGACGGAUGCCAUGGCAGUUGCGCCCCAGAGCCGCGCUCUGAAAGCCAAGCGGGAGCAGCAGGGGUUAGGAGGCGUCAGGAGAGAAGAGCCCCGAGCUCAGCCCGGCUGGUGGCACCCGGUAACUCAGAGCUUUGUCCAGCUCCUGCAACACCCGUAACUGCCCCGGCUUUGCACCCCACCGCGUCCCGCCGGGACCCACAGCACCCGCCGCCCUGCCAGCGCCCAGCCUUUCCCCGCUGCCCAGCGAGCCGAGCACCGCGGGAGGCUCCCGUGGAGGUGACGGCACCCCAGCCCCGCAGGCAGGCUCGCAGGGCCCUCUCCCUUCCUCCACUCACCCAUUCAUUUCGUUUUCUCUAGUUGUUCCUGGGUUCGGCUUACCGAAGCCAAGUCUCACGUCUGUCCUUGUUUCAAACACGCUGGUCUUAAAGGGAGCUUUAUUUAUGUUUUCCUCCUGAGAGCGAGUCCUGGUGUGAUCUACGCCCAGCGCAUCCGCCAGAGGACAGGGCAGGGCCCACCGCCGCCACGACCCGCAGUCGGGGGCAUUUUUAAGCAUUUCUCUAGACCGAGUAUUCCUACAAGUGGCUGCCUGUCUGGUAUCUUGCUCUUCUGGGCAAUUACUGUACAAAGGAGGGAUUUUUUUUUUCUUGCAUUCUUUUUGGUUUAAUUUCUUUUGGAAUUAAAUGAAAUGAAGGGGGUUAUUUAUUUCUUUUUAAUUUAUUUUGUCAUAUUUUUUGUAAGACCUGCAGAAAUGCAAUAAAAAUAUAUUUC